ACGCGCCAACAGACCUCAUUUGGCGCGUGACGCAGGCACGCGCACGCCAGCCCUUGCGUUGGCAAGGUUUCCAUAGCAACAUAACGCUUUCCCGCCUCGGGCGUUGGAGAUUUGGGAGGGGGGCGGGGGGAGGGGAGAUCCAGUCACGCAAGGGAUUAGUCGCUCGGAGAGGGAGGAGCUGAGGAGCCAUCCCGGGUCGAGCUGAGGGGAUACCCCGCUUCCUGCUUCUCGUUAACCCUCACCCCAACUCUUGCCUGAAGGAACGAUGCCGCUGAAGUUAUCGGUGGAGUUAGAGAUUAGAGCGGUCACUUGCCAGGGAGCAUUCUUGCCGGAGAAGAAUGUUUACCUUAGCGUUUGCAACCUGAACCAAUACAGGGCAACGGAAUGCUUUCCACCUGUCUUUCCCAUCGAGAUUCAACAUACUAUGAAUUUUGAAAAGGUGUUUAGAAAUGCAUCAGAGCCUGCUGAUAUUUUGGAACUUUUGGAAUGCUACACCACCAAGUUUGAAUUAAUUCAACUAGUGCAUCCAGAAGGAGAAAUUUUGGCAUUCUAUGAAGAAAAUACAAGACAAUUUCUGUUUCCUGAGUCCACACUGCCAUCUAGCAAUGACAAGGUUGACCGAGAGGUGGUUAUGAAGAAAAUUCGUGGGUUCCCGGACCUCGCACCCAAAAUUGAGUUUUCCACCCAGACAAGUAUUAAGGAUAUUCCUUCUUCAUUGAGAAUGAGAUUUGUUGAGGAAAAUUUGAGGGUAUUGAGGUCUGCCUUAUGUAACCAAGAGGAAAGUAACCAGGAAAAACAAGAAUAAGAACCUGCUCUCCAUCUCCGUAUUCCUUCAUGUGCCAUAAUCAAGAAGAUCGACAAGGAUUGGCUCAAGUGAACCUUGAGCCAGAUGGUUUCCAAUAGUGUUUAAGAAAGGCAGACCUGCAAUUGCAGUUGGAUAUAUAGAGUGUUACGUAAUUAGAGAAGUUGGAGGAGAUGGUUUAAAAAAAAGUAGAAGAGGUAGGGUGUUAAACAGCAACAUUUUAAAACUACUAAAUCAUUAGCUCGUUGUCUCCAUUGUUUGUCACCUGUGAAGUUCUGUGGAAAAAGUGUCAUUUUCAUUUAAUAAAAUGGUUUAGACGAGUG